CGUCGCCGCGCCGGGUCGCCGUCAGUUCUCCCUCGUUGCCUAGAACCUGUACAGAGUCCUUUUCGCUUCUCCAAGAAUUUAAAAAAAAAAACAGGAAAAACUGCAGUCGUUUCGCAUUUCCUGCUAUUCUCGCCGGACAAUAUCACCGGCGAUCUCUCCGGCUAAAGCGACUGACAGGCAAACGGAUGUGUUUCUGUCUGGCUUCGAGGUUUUUGGUUUACUGUUGAUGGUGAGUGCGUCGUUAACUUCAGUGGAAUUCGAUUGAUGAUAAACUAAAGCUUGGUGGCACUGGUCUGAGUUCGGAUGUAGCUUAUUUAGUCGCUUCGGUGGAGCAGAGAGAAGUUCGAUUUCAAGUGAUUCACCGAUUCACCUCAGAAAUAGUUAAGAAAAAAUGUCUUUUCAACACAAAAGCUUUUGGAUGCUGAGAGAUGGUGGAUGUAUGACUGAUGGAGAGAUGGGUUACAAUAAUUCCUCAAGAAUCCAACCAAAGCGCAGUCAUCAGUGGUUUAUGGAUUCUACUGGACCAGAAUUAUUCAGCAACAAGAGGCAGGCUAUAGAAGCAGUUGGCAGCAGGCCAGUUUCAGGAAUUUCAGACGUGACUGUUUCUUCAUGGCCAAAUGCUUCCAGUUUUCAGUCAGUUACAGGGCAGUUCCCUGAUCACCCAUUCAGAUCUGAGUCCUUACAAACUUUCAACCUGGGUGAUGGGAAUACUCCGAUUGAUAGUGUGAUUAUGAAUGUGGGAAGAAAGGAUUUUGAGCAUCAAUAUGACAGUGGAUCCUCAGUAAGCUUGUCUAUGUCUCAUACCACUGAAGAUGCCUCUCCAUGUCUUAGUUUUGGAGUUAGGAAAGUUAAAGUCAAUCAAGUGAGGGAUUCAAACAGUUGCAUGCCAGCAUCAAUGGGUACUGCAUAUAAUAGAAGUGACAACACCAUAUCUCUGGGCCCAACUUAUGGUAAUGUGGAUGAGAACACCAUCUCAAUGGGGCCAGCCUUCUCAAAAGCGGAUGGAAACUUCAUUUCAAUAGGUCACACCUUUAACAAGGGAGAUGGCAGUUUUAUAUCCAUGGGCCAUAAUUAUAAUAAGGGAAAUGAGACUAUCUUGUCCAUGGGUCAGUCAUUUGACAAGAGGGAUGGCAGUUUUAUAUCAAUAGGUCAAUCAUAUGAAAAAGGAGAUAGCAAUCUCAUAUCAUUGAGUUCCUCAUAUGACAAUGGGAAUGACAAUUUCAUUUCAAUGGCUCCCUCAUACAACAAACAUGAGAGUGUGGGUCCUUCCUGUGAGAAAGGAGUUGGUAAUCUCAUAUCCAUUGGCCAAUCCUAUGAUAAGGCAGAUUUCAAUGUCACAGCAGUUGGUCCUGCCCAAGACGAAGGAGAUUCCAGCAUUCUGUCUGUGGGUCACAACUACAACAAGGAUGAGUGCCAUGCCAUAUCUUUUGAGAGUUUUCAUGACGAAACUGAGGCAAAUCGCCCUGGCAGUAUCAUUACUAGCUAUGAUUUGUUGAUGAAUAAUCAUAACCCAAUGCAAGUACCAGAUGUGGCUGGUCAGAAAGAGUUGGUUGAGGCCACUCCGGAUUCAAAUGUAGAUGGUGCUCCUAAAAGUAAUUCUAAAACUGAUACCAAGCCCAAGACUAAAGAGCCAAAGACUGCAAAAAAGGUUCCUCCAAACAACUUUCCUUCCAAUGUCAAAAGUUUGCUAUCAACUGGCAUCCUCGAUGGGGUUAAUGUGAAGUAUGUUUCAUGGUCGCGGGAGAAAAGUCUUAAAGGUUAUAUAAAAGGGACUGGGUAUUCGUGUGGCUGUACAGAGUGCAAGUUUGAGAAGGCUCUGAAUGCUUAUGAGUUUGAGCGUCAUGCUAAUUGCAAGACCAAGCACCCCAACAAUCAUAUUUACUUUGAGAAUGGAAAGACUAUCUAUGCAGUCGUUCAAGAGCUGAAGAAUACUCCUCAGGAGAUGCUUUUUGAUGCAAUUCAAAAUGUGACAGGGUCUCAAAUUAAUGAGAAGAACUUUCGUGUAUGGAAAGCAUCUUAUCAAGCUGCUACCCGUGAACUUCAGCGUAUCUAUGGGAAGGAUGAAGUUUCAUUGCCGUCUUGAAAUGAAGACCUAGCCUUCAAUGUGAGAAAGGUCAGAUGGCUGGAUACAGCAUGUAUAUUAUGGUAAAUUGCAUAAUUUUUAUGGGUUUUGGGUAAUAUAUGUAUGCUAAUGGGCAGUUUGACUUUCCAGAUUUCCUAUAGGCUUUAUUUUGUUGUCUGGUUUAGACAAUUGUAUAUCCUAUCAAAACUACAGUUGCAACUGGUAUGGAUGGGGUAAUUGAAAUACAGAGUUGGACAUAUUAGUAAUUGU